CCCUGGCCCGCGGCGGAGCCACGAGGGACUGAGGGUGGCGAUGCGGCGCUACCUGCGGGCGGUGCUGCUGUGCUCGGUCUUGGCCUUCUUCUUCAUCCUUUAUGUCUUCAACGAGAUCGCCAAGGCGGAGGAAGGAAUUCCAGGGCCGAGAGCUCGAGGACGGGAAGUGGGCCUGGUGGCUGCGGCGCGACCCGAGCCGCUGAAAAGGUGUAAGGAUGUAUCUGUAUCUUUCUGGAAUCCAUAUUGGAUGCUGCCCACUGGUGUUUGUGCAGUGAACUGCUUUUGGGAAUCUGCAUUUAGGCAUGAAGUAAGAACUUGGAGUCCUGCAGGCUCAUCAAAAAACUCUUCUUGGAGGAUGCAUCUGGCCGUGGUAGCUUGUGGACAGAGACUGGAAGAAACUUUAACAAUGCUGAAGUCUGCAGUUUUAUUUAGUCAGAAACCACUUCAUUUCCACAUAUUUGCAGAGGAUGAACUCCACGAGAAGUUCAGUAGCUCGCUGGAAACCUGGAAAAAAGCAUUUCAUCAGAAGUUUAGUCACACCAUCUACCCAAUAACAUUUCCAGCUGAGACUGCAGUGGCAUGGAAGAAACUGUUCAAGCCCUGUGCUUCACAGAGACUCUUUCUACCUUUGAUCUUGAAGGACGUGGAUUCUUUGCUCUAUGUGGACACAGAUAUUCUUUUUUUACGUCCUAUGGAUGAUAUAUGGGCAUUUCUUGAAGAUUUCAAUCAUACUCAGAUUGCUGGAAUGGCACCAGAACAUGAGGAGCCACGAAUUGGCUGGUAUAAUCGUUUUGCCAGACAUCCAUAUUAUGGGAAGACUGGAAUCAACUCUGGAGUUAUGUUGAUGAACAUGACCCGUAUUCGAAAAAAAUAUUUUAAGAAUGAUAUGACAACCGCAAGGUUGAAAUGGGAAGAUUUACUUUUACCUUUAUUCAAGAAGUAUAAGCUCAACAUUACAUGGGGAGACCAAGACUUACUCAAUAUUGUCUUCCACCACAACCCAGAAAGCCUGUUUAUUUUUCCAUGUCAAUGGAAUUACCGUCCUGACCACUGUAUGUAUGGCAGCAACUGUAAAGCAGCAGAGGAUGAAGGAAUCUUUGUUCUUCAUGGAAAUCGUGGCGUCUACCACGAUGAAAAGCAGCCAGCGUUCAGGGCCGUGUAUGAAGCAAUAAAAAGAUACCCUUUUGGGGAAGAUCCCAUCCGUUCACUCCUGCAUCCACUUGAAAAAGAACUGCAGAAAACUACAAAUACAUAUUGUGGAAGGAUCCAUCAGGUUUUUACACAACAGUUGCUGAAGAGUCUAAGAACUUUACAGGACAACAUUUCGAGAGGGAGGUGAUCUGUAAAAUUACUGUAAAGGCUUUAUUUUCUCCUGAGAGUUUUUUUUUGUCUUGAACGGCAGGGACUUGAGUUUUCACAAAACCUAAAUAAAGGUCUGGAGAAUCUUAAAAUACUGAGGUGACAUACAGAAGUGAAAGAGCUCACACCAAGCACUGUAUCUGCACCUGAAACCUCAAGAAUGACUUCUUUGAAUGUAAUCAUUAUCUCAUACUUGAGCACCAAUUUACCUUAAAUUGAAGAAUUUAUUUAGUGGAAGGCACUGUUUACAGAGAAAGGAAUGUUAUUCUGUCAUGUGAAGAUUUACGAGAAUUGUCGACAAUCUGCAUGAUGUGCUUUUCGUUAUGAAAUGUGCUUGUGUGUUGCAAAAUAAAUGCAGGAGUGUGUUAUAUGUUUUUGACAAUCAGGCCUUGAAUAAUACACCAUAUUACGUAUUUUUUUUGCUCCAAUAUGAAGAUCAGUUAGGGUCACUAGACCAUGUAUAAAAGUAUGAAAUAUUAAUGCUUUGAGUUGAUUGCUUGCCUGAUCAUUGGUAGAAACUGAGCAACUUAAAAUUGUUCAUUUUAGUCAGUUGCAAUCUUGCCAGUAGUAAAUACGUACUAGAUAAAAUAUCACAUUUAUUCUUUUAAUGAACAAUUUUUUUCAUCAUUGCAUAAAUGGAAUCAUUGCUCAGUGUGUAGAGUAAUGGUGAAUCUAAAUGCAGUUAGCCUAUAUGGCAGAUGAACUUGCACCUGUAAUAUGCAGAUGCAAAGCUCAAUAAAUAAUUUGCUACCCAUAUUAAUGCAAGUCAGUGAAAAUUGUUUUACAGCUGCUAUUGCAGUAAAAAUGUAAUCUCCUUCAUUUUAAAUGGUAACAGAUAAUCACCAUCUUGGAUGCAUUGAAAUGUAUUCAUUGUCUCUUAACAGUCAGUUAAUAGAUAAGACAAGAGUUUUGUAGGUCAGUCUUGCCACCAGCCAAAUUUUUUUUGAAGUCUUUCUGGGAAUUAACAUUUUAUGAAAACUAAUUAUUCAGUUUAUGGCGUAAAAUUGGGUUAUGUUAGUAGCUCAGAAAUGUGACUUGGAUUUGUAUGGUGUAUAUCAUGUAGUAAUAUCAGAUUCGCACAAUUACUUUGGAGUGCAGUGAUUUCAUAGGCAAGGCAGCAACAAUUUUGCACAAGCAAUUUACUUAAAUUUCAGAGGAGACUCCAGAAGUAGUUUAUUAUUACAUUUGCAGGCACAACAGAAUUUAACAAUAAUGACAAUGUGAAAACAACUGGAUUAAUUCAACUUUUCGUUACAUUGAAUAUUGCUGUGAUCUCUCUUGCUUUACACAGCUUCGCCACUUAAGUUAUUGAUUAUCCUUUCCCGUCUUCCAUCUCCCCCUAAACUGAACGUGUGUCCUGUUAUUGGAAACCUGCUUUUGCCAUUACUUGUGUUGCAGUGUUUAUUGCCCACGUAUACGUUGCCAAUGUUAGAACAGCAGGCUUGGAAGUUGCAACUUUUAUAGAAUUCUAACUCUGAACUCAACUUCAUUGACAUAGUUUUAAUUGGAUUGUUAAGCUACAACAGAGUUAAGUUGAGAACUAUUUAUAUUUGGCUUCUUAGUCUGGAAUUCAGCUAACUUUAGCUUUUUCUUAUUUAAAAAUGUUUGUUUGACUCUGCUGUUAAUUGAAUACAAGCUCUUUAGUUUCAUAGUCUGCAUAUAUGAAGCUAAUUGUAAAUGUGCUUAAUUUGACUAGAAUAAAGAAAACCCACAGCUAAUUUUGCCUGACAUGGCAGGCUCUUGAAAAUAACUCAGGAAAACAUUUGAUUUAUAUAGUGAAAUGCCUUGCUAAUCUUGGGUAACAAAAGAUGGACAUGAUGGGCAUUAAGUGCACUUCUUAAAAACAAAAGGAGGCAGAUAAAAAUGCUUUUUAGUUUCAUCCUUGAUAUUUGAAUUCUUGCCUCAAGUGAUAACUUCAUGAGCCACUAUUUCAUUAGCUUGAGUGUUAAUUAUUUUAAUGCUUUCAGAUUGAAACCUCUGGUAUGACAUGGCUUUUACAAGUCAGAACAUGUUAUAUGUAAAAAUGGAAUAUCUACAUAUAGAUGCUUUUUAGUAACUGACAUUGAUUAUUGUGUCAAACUAUUGUAAUGGUAAACAUUAAUAUACAAUAUGCAUUUUUACUGAAAUAAAAUUGAAUAUAAAAUC